AUGCGGUACCAACAUGGAGAGCUUAUAUGUGUCUCUCUCGGUGUCGGUGUCUUGGUUUCUUUUCCUUUUUUACCAUUACCAUUAGUAUCAAGUGUUAUGUAUUAUGUAUUAUGUAUUAUUAGUACUACGCUUAUUAUUAUGGUUUUUCCCCCUUUCCUCUUAAUGCGUGUAUUAUGCGCGAGCGUUGUUAUGUGCGUGGUGAAGGUUUUAAUCUGUGCGCUUAAUUUGCUUCCUAACCUUGCACCGGAAAUGAACCCGUGCGUUUUUUCCUUCUUUACUGUGCAGUGCACUGCGUGCACUGCACACCGUCGUGGUGGUGGCGGUGGCGGCGGUGGUUCAAGGAGAAGAAACGUGUUAUGCAGAUGCAGCUGGCUGCGUGUGUUUCACCCGCAGACGACGAGAAAAGCGAUUUGCAGAGGGUGA